AUGAUAACUAUCGUUUUAGAUUUAAAUUUGAUUUAUCUCUACAUUUUCAACAAAAGUACGUACAAUUAUACGAUAAUAAUUUUAUUGGUCGUUACAAUUCUCGCUCAUCCUGUAGGACAGAUUGUCUUCGGCCAAUUAGUGAAAAAAACUAAAGAACAGUUAACAUACGACGACGACAUUACAAACAAAACGGAGUAUUUCGAUGAACUUGGUAUCUGCAAGAACUCCCUCUGGGCUACGAGGUUCAUUGUCAUAGGAUUGUCCGAAUUAUGUGAUUAUUUUGUUGACGGAAGUAUUACGGAAUAUAUCAUUAACCACGUCGAAACUGAAGGUAUCUUAGCAUUACUACUGCAAAUCGUGACUUAUUUCCCUUCAGAAUCCCAAAAAUUAUCAAUUUUAUACAAAAGACUUAUAAGUAUGCGAAAACUUACAUUUAUUAAUCGAUUUCUUAUCUACCAGAUCUCAAAGAUCAAGACUCGUCGCUUAACUUCCAACACAAAAGACACUACAGAUUUAUAUAACAAAUUACAUACGUUAAAUGAAGAAGUUAAGGCCACAAUCAGGUCUUUUUGGGAUAAACCAAACGCAGGACAUAGUUUUGUUGAGAUGUUGUCGUAUAGAACUAAGAAAUUGAACAGAUAUUUUCAAUAUUUCCUCGAAUCCAAUCCAAAUAACAUAAAAAUCACUACAGAAUACACGAACUUCCUCGUAGAAUGUCUUUGCGACUAA